AUUUUUUUCGAAGCAGAAUAACUGAAGCGCAAGAAUGGCGGAAGAGCUCACGGAUAUGACGUGGUUGGGCGUGGCCUGCGCAGCCGCAGGGGCCGCAGUGGUGCCGCUGUUGCUGCACCGCAUCUUCUUCUACAAGAAGGUGAACCACGAGAGCUCGGCCGGCAGCAGCUCACUCGAGGAGUACAUGACCAAGCAUGGCAUGUGCGAGUUGGACGCUAAAUUUCAAGUGGCCGUUGAUUUCGUUGCCGCACGGGGCAAUAACAAGCUCACGAAUGAACAGAAACUGACGCUUUAUGCGUUCUACAAGCAAGCACACUUUGGCAAAUGCAGCGUGGAGAAGCCGUCCGCGGUGGAUAUGGUGGGAUCGGCCAAGUGGGAGAGCUGGAAGGCGCUGGGUGAUAUGAACCAGGAUCUGGCCAAGCAACAGUACCUGGAGUGGGUGCAAGAUCUGUUCGAGGAGUUUGAUGUCCGCGGUCCUAAGAGAUGGCGAUCGUCGUCCUCGUCCUCGUCACCAAAGGCUAUGAGUGAGUCCAUGUCAUUGGAUGGAUCGAUUUCGAUGGCUGGAGCAGUUAGCAUGCCCAAAGUGGACAUGUCAACCGAAGAGUGGAAGGUGAAAGACGAUGUUUUCCACUACGCAAGCACAGGAGCUCUGGACAAGCUUGUGGCUGCGCUGGACCAGGAUGAAGACAUUAACGCUCAGGAUCCAGAAGGGCGAACGAUGAUGCACUGGGCCGUCGACCGGGACCAGAUGACAAUUGUGGAGGAAUUACUUCGACGUAAGGCGUCUCCAAACGUUCAGGUAAGCUAAUCUAUACCUAGGUAAACAUGGUGUUCUUGUAGUUUUAAGCGAGCGCUUUGCUAAUAUGGACAACAGGACGCUGAAGGAAUGACUCCGUUGCACUACGCGGCCAGUUGUGAGCACGAGGAAAUGGCCCAACUGCUGGUAUGACUUUGCUCGACAAGACACUGUUACCUCUGCAACGGACUAACACCAGUACAUUUCGACUCAGGUUAAGCACGGCGCGUUGGUGGAUAUCGAAGAUCUUGACGGUGACACGCCGCUCAUGACGGCCGCUAGCCAAGCACUUCAGUCGAUCAUGGCUGAUGGCACAACCAGAGACCCUCAGUAAGAUGGAGACGUCUUGCAAAGUUACAUGGCUGCUAGGCGUACACCAUAGAAUUACAAGUAGUACUAGGUAUCAUCGUGUUAGUGGGUUAAGAUGAAAAGAAGAGGGAGUUGAAACGGGUUAGCGUUAGCGCCUACACUACUUUUUUCGCGCGGAAGAAAAGGCUUCAACAUGCUCCUCGGUGGAGCUCGCAAUUCGUCCGUAUUUAUCUUGCUAGAACGAGUAUGCUUGCGAUGUGAAAUGUAGAGGAGCAUGAAGCAGAAAAAGCUCUGC